CAUUUUAGGAUUAUAUUUCUUUCUCUUUUUUAUUUAUUUUUUUUUAAUAUAAUUCUCAAUACAUGUUAUGUGGAAAAGGAAGACAUCACUUCUUUUUGCAUCAGCUGUAGCUUUUUGUAGUCUAGUGUCGAUAUGCUUUAUCUAUUUUUAUUAUGAAGAAGAAAAGUAUUUAGCUUACUUGCCUCACUCUGGUUUAUCAAAUCAACGAAUUGAAUUAGCCAAUGCAUUAUUACUAGCCGCUAUACUUAAGCGUACUCUUAUCAUACCCCCAGCAUUCCUUGGUAAUGUCAUGGGUUGGAUGCCAAGGGAGCAAUUACUUGAUCACCUUGGUUGGUUAACGACUCCUAAGGACUUUGAAACUAUCUGUCAACCUCCGACACCGGGCGACCUUCCAAGUUAUAUCCAAAGAAGCAAGUGUGCUGAAUACCAACAAUUUGCUGCAAUACCAUGGACACAUCUCCAUGACUUUUCCGCUCUAUCACCCUAUGUACGUAUCCGUUUUCAGGAUACUGUGUCACUUGAAAAGCUGCAACAAGAUUUAGGCAUAACUGACAAAGACACUUUUAUUUAUGAAGACGCACACUUGUAUGAUUGGCGACUAUACGAAGACAUUGAAGAAGCAAAGCAAAUUUUAAGAAAUGGGUCCAAUUACAUCAACUCAUUUACUGACCGAAAGUAUUAUAAAAUCUUCACUCUAGAGCACUGGAAGAACCGACCCGAACGAUUACUGCAGCUAGGAGGAAUAUUUGGAUCGACACGGCUCAACAUGGUGAAACCAGAACAUGUGGAACUCCAACAACGGAUUGCAGAAGCGCUUCGUUAUAGAUUGGAUACACCUUUAGGAGAGACAGUAAAGGGUAUUGUGGAACAUUUGGGAGGCAAGGCAACGUUUAUGGCUGUUCAUUUCCGUGUACGAGAUGUGCCAUUUAGAACAUAUGCUAUUGACAAUUUGCACGCAUUUGAGCGAAAUAUGUCGAUUGCGACGGGUAUCCCUGUACCUCCUGCACCACCUCUGAAUGAAUUUGGGGUUUAUACUAGUCUACCAAAGCCACCGCCUAGACCAAAGAAUGUCAUUCGUGUAGAUCCUCCGACAGAUUUGAGGGACGUGCCAUGGUCCAACCUAUGCGAGCAUGUGUCACCCAACCUGACAGAACCUAUUGAUCAUGUUGGAUCACAUGCGAUAGUGUACAUUGCAACAGAUCAUAAAGAUUUACGAGGUGAAAAUAGUCGACUGCUGGAAUGGUUUGACUAUUUCCCUUGUACGCUUACAUUAAAUGAUAUCCCAUCUGAACUACUCAAUCCUUUAGACCAAAUGCAUUGUAUGUUUAGUCCCUCAAAACCUUUAAAAUCAUUCCUUAUCCCACUUGUCGAUGCCAUGGUGGCUGCACAUGCAAGACGUAUAUUUACAACGCCAAGAUCAACAUUUUCAAAAUACAUUGGCGAGUUAAAUGAAGCCUGGGUACUGAAAGAACAAGGUUAUACACUUGAUUCUUUUUCAUAAUAAAAUUUUGCUUUUUUUUCCCUUCUUUAUUCUUUUUCCUUUUUAAAGAUAUGUUUGGACCGAUAUUCUUAUUCAUUACUGCAGUUUUACUAUGCGUCAUCCUACUGUUUUUAACUAUAUUCUUUGUAUGCUUUUAAUGUAAUACUAAUAAUACUAAUACUAAUGACAUGUGUAGGUCAUCAUGUUUUCAGAUUUA